AUGCUCUCUAUCGCAUUGAUCGGUUUCGGAGGAAUCGGGCGGUCUAUUGCAUCGACUAUUGCUGAGAAUCCCAUCGAGGGCAUCUCUAUCGAUGUCGUUUGCUGCAGGAGUACUCAGCAACAAGCAGCGCUCGACCUAUGUCCAAAGGCCAAGCUCAUAACACGAUGGUCAGAAUACCGCGGACCUGCGGUUGAUAUUGUGGUCGAAGCCGCUGGUCACAAUGUUGUGGUCGAUGACGGGCCUGCCAUCCUUGCCGCGGGAUCUGAUCUGCUUCUGCUCUCUGUUGGCGCGCUCGCCGACAACCAACUUCACAAUCGGAUGCUCGAAGCUGCAAGGAUCGGUAACAGUCGCAUUAUCAUAGCAGCAGGAGCGCUAGCGGGAUUCGACGGUCUUCACUCCUUGCGCCAAUCUGGACUGAAGUCUGUACUCUACCGGUCUACGAAACCGCCGAAGGCUUGGAAGGGGACUCUUGCGGAGGAACUCAUUGAUCUUGACGCUGUGACUGGCCCAACAGUCUUUUUCCGUGGCGACGCUGCCAAGGCAGCUCUGCAGUUCCCACGCAAUGCCAAUCUAGCGGCAGCUGUCGCGCUUGCAGGCAUUGGGUUUGAUAAGACCCAGGUCGAACUGAUCGCUGACUCAAAUGUCAGCGGCAACUCGGGCGAGGUCGUCGCAAUUGGUCAGGCCACAACGCUCAGGUUAGAGAUGAGAGGUGAGGGAUUUGCCAGUAACCCAAAGUCAUCGCAAAUCACGAGCAUGAGCGUUGUGGCAGCCCUUGCAAGCCGCGUUGCCUCCCUGUCUUUCGCAAGCUGA